AUGAAAUUAGAAAUACUAGGUCUAUGUGAGACAAGAUGGCCAAAUAGCGGAGACUUCUGGUCAGGAAACUAUAGAAUGAUUCAUUUCCAAGGAAAAAAUGGACAAUGUGGAGUUGGUGUAGUGCUUCAUAAAACCUGGGGAGUAAAGGUUACAAACUACAUCAUAUACAGUGAAAGAAUUAUUAUGAUUCAGUUAGAAGCAGAGCCAAAUGAUCUAUUCAUAAUACAAGUAUAUAUGCCUACAUCAAGAGCUGAUGACGAAGAAAUUGAGGAAGUAUAUGCUGGAAUAGAAGAACAACCAAAACUCACAAAAGGAAAAGAUAACGUCAUUAUAAUGGGUGACUGGAAUGCAGUAGUAGGUGAAGGUAUUGACGGAAGAGAAGUGAGAAAAUAUGGACUAGGUCAAAAAAACGUAAGAGGAGACCGACUUAUAGAAUUCAGCAGAGAAAACAGUUAUGUGAUUACGAAUACACUAUUUAAAGAAUACAAGAGACGACGAUACACAUGGAAAAUGCCCGGCGAUACAGGAAGAUACCAGAUUGACUAUAUAUUAGUCAAGAAUCGGUUUAAAAAUCAAGUCAAAUCUUGCAAAACUUAUCCCUGA